GGCGUCUUUUCUUCUUCUACCCUUUUAGAAACAACUCAACUGUUCCUCUUCCUCUUCAGUGCUCGUCCCUCCCUCUUCCUCUCACCGGCACCGGUUCCGCUGCUGCUGCCGUUGUCCCCCGUCUGUCUUCCCUAACUCUUCUCCACACACGUUCUCUCUUGCCUCGCCGCCAUCGUCAUGAGCUAUCCUCACCAUCCCGUUGCUCUCUAAAACAACUUUAUCGCUCUCUCUCUCUCUAAACAACUCCAUCUCCCCCCCCUCUCUCUCUCUCUCUCUCUCUCUCUCUCUCUCUCUCUCUCUCUCUUUCUCUCUGAAGAUCGCACUUUGGACUCUAUCGCUCUCUCUCAACUGGAUUCUAUCUCUGAUUUUAUUGACUCCAUUCUGAUGUUUACCAUCGCAAGUUGCUGAUAAUUCAAGAUGCUCGUGGUACGAAAGCUCAAAACAGGACCAGAUCACCCGUUUCUUUUAUGUUUCUUGACUGCUAAUUAUAAUUAUGGCACAUCCCAAGUUUCAAAUAAUAAAAGUCUACAAUCUAUUGUGAAGUUUGUUUGCCCUUGUGCAUCCAAGUCAGGUUCAAAGGCACUGCUAUUUGGAUUUAAGAAUAAAUUCUUCCUUCAAAAAUUAUAUAUCUCAAGUAUGGCUGAAAGACUCCUGGUCCAGGCUCAAGACCCGACCAAAGUUACGAUAGAAAUACAAAAUGCUAUUGAUGGCAACCAAUUAGAUUAUUCUUGGAAGUUACUUAAGCAGCAUAAGCACAUGGAGGGAUUUCCUAGAAAAUCUCUCUUCAACAUGAUUAUAACUAGUUAUGUGGAAAGCCUUGAUACACAAUGGCUACAAAAAGCUUAUGAAUUGGUACAACGUGCCAGUGAAGAUGGUAGAGUAGACUUGUUAGAGAAGGAGGUUCUUAUCUACCUUAGCUUUGGCCUUGCAAAAGUUAAACUCCCAGUUCUGGCAUCAACCAUUUUAAGAAAGAUGAUUGAUAUGGAGCAUUUUCCUCCUGUUACUGCUUGGUCUGCAGUUUUGGCACACAUGUCACAAACAUCAGAUGGAAGUUUCCUUGCUGCUGAGUUGAUUAUUGAAAUAGGUUAUUUAUUCCAAAACAACAGAGUGGAUCCUCGUAAAAAGUGCAAUGCACCUUUGAUUUCAAUGAAACCGAACACCAAUGCUUUUAAUAUUGCAUUGGCAGGGUGUCUCGUAUUUGAGAAAUCUAGGAAGGCAGAGCAGCUUCUUGAUAUGAUGCCUCGAAUUGGUGUCAAAGCUGAUGCAAACUUACUGAUAACAAUGGCACGUGUAUAUGAGAGAAAUGGGCGAAGAGAUGAGCUUAUGAAGCUGCAAAGGCGCAUAGAGGAAGCUCCAAACCUAACUGAUAUACAAUUCCGACAGUUCUAUAAUUGUUUGCUUACAUGCCAUUUGAAAUUUGGGGAUCUUGAUUCUGCAUCCAGCAUGGUAUUAGAGAUGCUUAGAAAAGCAAAAGAAGCAAGAAAUUCUCUUGCAUCUGCCAAAUUCAUGUCUGAUGCAGCUAAAAUUGAUCUGAACUAUUCUCCUAGACCUGCUUUUGUGCAUAGCUUGAGCAACAGUAAAGAUUUGGAGAGUGUCAAAGAUGACCAGCUAUUAAGAAAUGAGGUGUUAUCUUAUGAGGAGUUCUCCAGAGAUCGAAACUUCUUAAAACUUGAAGCGGAAUCAACAUCUGUUCUUGAUUCUUUAUUUUUUAAAUUGCAGGUGCAGGUUGAUUUGAUUACAACCGUACAUGGUAUACUGCAACCAACUGAAACAAUUUAUGUGAAAUUAGUUAAAGCUUUUUUUGAGGCUGGUAAGACCAAGGACUUGGCAGUGUUUCUUCUCGAAGCAGAAAGAGAAGACUCCCCAUUUUCCAAUGACAAUUCAGCCUUGGUUCAUGUUAUUAAUUCAUGCAUAUCACUUGGAUGGUUGGACCAAGCACAUGAUCUCCUUGAUGAGAUGCGUCUAGCUGGAGUUAAAACUGGAUCAUCUGUGUAUGCUUCUCUUUUGAAAGCAUAUUGUGCAGCAAAUAGGGCUGCAGAUGUCACGUCACUUCUGAGAGAUGCUAGGAAGGCUGGUAUCCAGCUUGACUCAACCUCUUAUGAGGCCAUGAUUCAAUCCAGGGUGCUAUAGGAAGACACACAGGGAGCACUCCAACUAUUUAAAGAGAUGAAAGAAGCUAGGAUUCCAAAAGUUAGUCAACAAUACUCCGGCGUGCUGGCUAAAAAUGUUACAGAGACAGAUGAAGCUGCACUGAUGACAAAGCUGGUGCAGGAAAUCAAGGACGGACAGGAAGUGGAUUGUGGAGUUCAUGACUGGAAUAAUGUAAUCCACUUUUUUAGUAAGAAAAUACUAAUGCAAGAUGCGGAUAAGGCUUUAAAGAAGAUGAGAAGCUUAGGUCACUCACCUAAUGCACAAACUUUCCAUUCUAUGGUCACUAGGUUUGCUGCCAUUGGGGGAAAAUAUCUGGAGUUAACAGAGCUGUGGGCUGAGAUGAAAGGGCUUGCUUCUGAAAUCUGGCACGCAGUGAACACAAUACUGCACAAGAUGCUAUAGCAUAUGUUGCAGCAAGACAGUCGCAGAACACAGUAAAUAAAUAAAUAAAUUGCAGAAUAAUAAAUAACACAGAUAGUUGUUAACCCAGUUCAGUGCAACGUCACCUACUCUGGGGGAUACCAAUCCAGGAAUGAAUCCACUAUAAUAGCUCUAGUUCAAAGCCCUCGACCAACACCCGGUACUUGACUUAUCACCUAGACACUACCCGUGCAAUCCUACCUAAGAACCUCUUAGAUAAUGAGACCCCGUCCCAAAUUCCCUCUAACAACACUUACUAUGUUGCUGUCAAUAAUAAUAAUCAGGAUGGAGACACUCUCCUAGAAACUAGAUCACACUCUUGCUUAAAAGCUUAUGAGUGAAUCACACACACUAACUCCGUGCUUCAAAGCUUAUGAGUAGCUUACAAUUAACAACCAAAACGCAGUCCUAAACUUGCAUCAAAUUGACACAAGAAAGGCUGACAAAAGACACAAACUCUAAACCUUAAAAACUCACACUUUGUAAAAAAACACGGUUUAGAAUACAAGAGUUGUAAAGGCUUGAGGCUUCACAUAUUUAUAGUCUUCAAUUGUCUUGAUGUGCAAGCUAGGUCUUCAGACAAACACAGCUGUAAAAAUUGCGGCCAACCCUAUAUUAUUUCCAGAAAUAUAAUUUGUUUUGUUUCAUGUGUGGCCAAACAAAAAAAAUAUAAAUUAUUAUUUUCAAAAAUAUAACAAGUUAUAUUUUUGUUUUCAAUAAUAAUUCUCAAACCGCCUUCAGGAAAACUUGUAGAACAAGCCACGUCUUGAAUAGUCGCACAUGCUUAAAUAUAAAAACGACUUAAAUCUUCCUUUGAUUUGAAAAAGAAAUUCUGCGCAAAACAGAGUAUCAGGAUGUUGUACGAUGAUGCUACAGCAUCGCGAUCCAGCAUCUGGCUGGUUGGCUUUUGCAAAAUUUUAGCCAAUCUCAAAAACCCAACAGCUUCGUCAUCCUCCAUGAAGUUUGAUCAGGAACUUCUGGAUUCUGUGUUGUAUACAUUUGUGAGGGGUGGAUUCUCCAGUCGUGCCAAUGAAGUUGUGGCAAUGAUGGAAAAAGGAAAAAUGUUCAUUGACAAGUACAAAUACAGAAUGCUAUUCUUGAAAUAUCACAAAACACUUUACAAAGGCAAGGCUCCGAAAUUUCAGACAGAAUCACAACUAAACAAAAGGGAAGCAGCUCCGACUUUUAAAAGAUGGAUAGGCAUGAUUUGAGAAUCACAACUACCCCAUUUUGUCGCACUCCACCCCGCCCUCGCUUUGACAUUUGUUUGCUCUCGUUCGACAACAAUUUGUCUUAGCUCAACAUUGGUUCGCCCCAACUCAAUAUUGGUUCGCCCCACUCAACAUCUGUCUACCGAUUAUCGACAAUAGUCUACCCCCCGCUCGGCUGUGGAUUCGAGCUCGACCGUGGAGUCGAGUGAGGUUGGAUAAAAAUCAAGUGGAAUAAAUGUGGGGCCUUAAGCAUUUAGAAGGUGAUCUUGAAAGAACUUAAGCAGGAUAAGAGUCAAAAAAAGGGGAAAAGGACGGUGUUGGCGGGGCCACCACAAACUGGCCCACAAUUCCCGCGUGAAGACGUAAAGCGGUUUUACUAAAGCCCCACGGACCCAACAUAAAACCUGUUAAUUUCCUUUUGUCCAGUUCCAUCCAUGUAAUAGUAGGGCGCCGUCUACGGUGCGCAUGCAUGAUAGGCCGCGUACGGUACGCAUGCUAAAAAACCGGAUUUUAAAGGAAUAUUCCGCUGACACCUGGAUUUAAAAUUUUAAUUAAUAAAUUUGAUUGUUCCACUAUCUAAGGGGUAAAGUUGGAAUUUCAUAUCAAUUAAUUAUUAGUGUAUUAUGUCAAUUUAUUAUUUCCUUUUUUUUAAUCAGAUUAUUUUCUAUUUUUACUAUCAAU